AUGAGGACUCUUAAACAUCAGCUCGACUACGUUCUGGCGAGGAACAUUUCUCAGUCAGAUAUUCGAAAAUCUAGAGCUGUUUGGUACAUCAAGUUCGACUCUGACCACCGUUCAGUUCUUCUCAGCUUCAAGCUAGAGUCGAACUUGAUGUUACAGUUUCACAAGAGAAACAGAGAAGCUCUUCUGCAGCCGAAAAUCGAUGUGUCUAUAGAUGUUGGAGUACUGACAGGGAGGAGACUUUAUGAUGCCGAUUCCUUUACAAAGUGCAUCCAGGACGCUACAAAGGAAACGCUUCUAGGGCCGAAGAAGAAGUUCGCUUUUGUAUCCAGAGAGACGAGGUUCACGUAUAAUUCUGUAUGUGCAGCUCACAAUACUGGUGAUUUCAACCAUGAAAAGCAUCUGAGAAAGAAGUUGGGUCGUCAGCUGCAACAAAAUUGCAAAUACCAAUGCUUAUCAAGAGCUAAGGAGUCCGGAUAG